UUCCAUUAGAGAACCCGUGACAGAAAUAUUACACCUUCAUCGUUCUUUUCUCUUCUGUGAAACAAAAUAUAUUUCUUGUUCGACAGGCAGUAAGAAGAGCAGAAAUGUCAAGGCUUCCAGAAGGGAUCCUCGAGAAUAUCUUUUUACGGUUGAAAGUGAAGAAUCUCUUACGGUGCAGGUGCGUAUGCAAGGCUUGGCGUGACCUGAUCUGUAGCCCCAGUUUCAUUUAUAAACAUCUGAAUGUUAAUAAUACGAUUAGGAUCUUGGUCUCUUGUAAUGGCUUACUUUGCAUAUACAGUAGUAACACUCCUGAUGAUGUUUCCUUCGUCAUUACCAUUUGGAAUCCAUCUUCUAACGAGUACAAACAAUUACCUAGACCAUCAAAAAAAGCAUGCUAUGACAUCGAUUAUUAUGGGUUCGGCUAUGAUUACAAGAAUGACGAUUACAAGGUUGUAAGAAUCGUGGACUAUUUUCUGGAAACAGGUGCUAAGUCUGAUGUUGAAGUUUAUACAUUGCGCUCGGAUUCAUGGAAAAGCAUUGAUGCUAUACCUUAA